AUGGCCAGCCUCGCAACCUUAGCAGCUCUUCUUGCAGCCCUUUUGUUGGUGGCGCAUGCCGCUGCCUUCCACACCACCGUAACAACUGUAGACGUCGAUGAGAACAUUGAGAAUCAGCAGAGGCGAGGCGAGAGCUGCCGCGAGCAGGUUCAGCGUCAACAGAAUCUCAACCACUGCCAGCGAUAUAUGAGGCAACAAUGCGAGUCCGGGAGUUACGAAGACGGCAACCAACAGCAGCAUUUACAGCAGUGCUGCCAACAGUUGAGGAGGAUGGACGAGCAGUGCCGAUGUGAGGGGUUGAGGCAGGUGGUAAGGCAGCAGCAGGGUGAGCUCCGAGGUGAGGAAAUGCGGGAGAUGGUGGAGUGUGCGAGGCACUUGCCAAAUCAAUGCCGCCUCAGCCCCCAGCAUUGUGAGAUUCGCUCCGCCUGGUUCUAG